AUGGCAGAAGGUCUGGCGCUAACAGUGACGUCAGCAUACUUCCCUCCGGGGAGAACAUACACAACUUCGCAACUUGACACGCUUUUGACGACCAGCGGGCCCCACCUCAUUGGUGCAGAUGCCAAUGCGCAUGCAAUGGCAUGGGAUCGCGCGAUCCCCCCUGAUACCCGUGGCGAUGUGCUAGUACAAUGGUGCUUAGACAAUGAUUACGUUAUUCAUAACACUGGAGACUGCACUCGCCACACCACACGCCAUGGUCCGUCCGCG